GUCAGAAACGUUGACAGUCGAGGGCGAGAGAACAAGAGAGAGAGACGGAGAGGCACGAUGGCUGAAUUCAGACGGAUUCAAAUUACGUCAUUUGUGAUUCUGCUGCUUCAGUUUACAGAAGUAGCUGGACAUAACUCCCUCUCCUUCACUGUCAGAGCUGGAGAUGAAGUCAUUCUGCCUUGUGAAAAUGUGAUAAUUCAGGACUGUAGUAGCACUACUUGGCUUUUUAGUCGUAAAGGGGAAACAGCAGUAGCGCUGAUAGAGCAUGGGCAGGUUAAAGAUGUGAUUCCCAAAACUAAAUCAGACAGACUGAGUGUUACAGAAAAAUGUUCUCUGGUUAUAAAGAAUGUCACAGAGGAGGAUGUUGGUCGUUACACCUGCAGACAGUUCAACAAAUCAGGACAACAACAAGGUCCAGAUGCUGUGGUUCAUCUGUCUGUUGUUAUCAUGGUAGAACAGAAGAACACUGAUGAUACAGUCACCUUGAUCUGCUCUGUGUUGACAUAUUCUGAGUGUGACCACUCAGUGAAGUGGCUGUAUGAGGGUGAUGAGAAUGACGUGAAGAUAACACCUCAUACCUGUUCAGCCAGUGUGUCAUUUCCUCCUCAUCUUCAUCAGAAGUUACUGAAGUGUAACGUGACAGAUAAGAAGAAUGGAAACACUCUGCUGUGUAAUGUCGGCCCCCAGUCCUCUUGUAAGAAAACAGGAAACACAACAGUGGGAACAGAUAACACACCAACAACACCAGGAAGCACAACAGUGGGAACAGAUAACACACCAACAACACCAGGUUGGUUGUUGUACAUCAUUGUGGCUGUGGGAGUAACAGCACUCUUAGCAGCAAUCAUCAUCGUGGUAGUCAUCAGACGGAAGAAAACUAAAAGGAACAACACGCAGACGAAUGAAAACAUUGGACUGAGCUUGAACCCUGCAGAGACUCAGUCUGCUCCAGAAACCAGUCAGAACAUGGCUGAUCCUGAAGGUGGUGUUUUCUACGCCUCCAUCAGCCACACCAAGAAGACCAGCAGUAAAGCUCAGGCUCGGGGUAAAGAUGCUGAUGCUGAUGAUGAGGCAGUGACCUACAGCACCGUGAAAGCUCCUCCUUCUGCUGCUGCUGCAGCCUCUGCUGAUGUCAGCAACCUCUACGCCACCAUCAACAAACCAAACCAAUAAGACAGCACGGUGUAGUUACAGCUCAUAGCAUUACAGAAUGCUGUGUGGACUAGCCAGACCCUCCUCCGCAUCGCUGU